AUGGGCUUCAAUCGCCUGCAGUUUCUGUUGACCGCGGUCGAAGAAACACUGCAAGCCUUGCAUGAUGCCAUGCAGGCUACUCUCCUGUAUCGAGAGGCGGAGCGAGAGAUGCUGCCCUUGCUGAAGCAGCUCGGUGUUGGCUGUCCACCGUGGAGUCCUAUGGCUAAUGGCCCGAUGGACUUGACUCGCCUACUUGAUAAGAAAUAUGAAACGGUUCGCUCUGACAGUCUAGAUGACGCGGCACCUGCCACAGCAGAGAAACGAGCCAACCAAGUCUGGUAUGGAGAUGGAUCCAACCGAUGGUACGACAAGCCUGUUCGGUUGAUUGUCUGCGAUAAUGAAGUAUCCGGAUUUGUCGGAGAGCAUUCCAUGAUGGACGGGUUGACCACCCGCCGCUUGAACGAACACAUCAUAGAGGCCCUCGUCGUGAACAGCUCUGCAUCGAAAUCAAACAUGACGACGGACGCUCUCCGAGCAAGUAUUCUCCCAAUGACCAUGAGCCAGGAAGUCCAGUCGCAAAUCGACGCAUUACAGUCUGGAUUCAACAAAGCCAUCGGCAUGGACGGGCUCCGUCUGACGAUGAUGGACUUAACGGACGAAGUGCAGUCCUCCUGCAGUGCUAUGGUGCAGGAAGAUCGAGAUAUACAAUCCUGUAGAAAUUCCUUAAACAACGCCAUCAAGGAACACAACCGGCUUGUCGCAUCAGUUGGAAAAGGCCAAGGCAUUGAUAACCAUUUCCUGGGUCUGCGGCGCAUGGUCCACGAGGGAGAGGUGCCAGCGAUUUUCAGCGACCCUAUGUUUGACCAAGGCAGUCAUUACACCCUUUGCACGACCUCAUUGGCAUCCAGCAGUGAUGAGAUUGGAUUCUAUCCCGUGGUUGAUGAUGGAUGGGGUAUUUCGUUCACCCUUCGAGACUCAAGCUGCAUUGGAGGUCAGAUCUAUUUUCUGAGCGCGUUUGUUCGCUGA